UAAAGGGGGGCACAGAAGAAGAGACAAAGCAAAAAAUAGCAUACACCAAACAUACAAACAGGGGAGAACAAAGAGGGAAGACACAUCCCAGCACAACACAAAGCACCACUAAUGUGAUCGAACGGCAUUGGCCAGCCGAACCAAGCCAAGACACUGCACCAUCGACGCAAUCGAAAGGCUUCACGCAUCCGAGAGUGCACAACGCCACAACACCACCUGUGCCGGGGGUGCAUUUGAAAGGUCACGCGAGGCCGAGAUGACGCCAUGGCGCCUAUGUGCCACAGGCGAAGUCAGCAUCACCAAGCAAACAAGACCAUGACACUGCACCGUCAACGCAAUCGAAAGGCUCCGCGCAUCCGAGACUGCACAACGCCGCGACACCACCUAUGCCGUGGGCACAUUCGAAAGGUCACGCGAGGCCGAGACAGCCCCACGGCACCUAUGCGCCAUCGCCGCUGUCGCUUGGCAUCACCUAGCAGAGAACACACCCAAGAGUGCAUGAGCAAGAACACGAGAAGAACACCGCAGAAGAAGAGCACAAACCACCGUUGACCCCAACCCGGCCGCACCACCACCACCCGACCACCAACACAAACACCUCAACGCAGCCAAAGGCAUGGCCGAACCAAGAUCACGAAGACGGCACCACCUCUCCGCUGCCAACGCCCACACGGACCGCCAACGGGACCACCUCAAGCCACUGGUCACCCUAGCCAAGGCAAGCUCAAAGACGGAGCCCCAAGUGAGAGUGUGACAUUGAGCGACACCAUCGCCCGAUCCGGAAGACCCGAGAUCCAAAGUUUCCUCCAGAAAAAUUUAGCAGGGAAGACGAACACCAGCAACACGACGCCUUCAGCAAGGAUACGGCGCCCACAGGCACCGCCAUCGUUGGCUCCAACCGAAACCGGGGCCGGCCGUGUCACGACCCCCAACCUGCAGCCUGCUAAGCCAAACCAACAAGAGCACUCGUAGCCUAACCACGAAACAGAGGCCGCCGCACCAUGCGAAGCCUCCAGAUCGGGAGAGCGAGCAGAGCUCGAUCCAAGAGGCAGCGAGAGCUGCACCUGAAUCACGCCGAGCCCGACGCACACCUUGUGCGUAGAAGCCCAUCGCACUCACCACACCCAUCCCGAGGUCCAGCUCACCGGAGAGAGCAGGAAUCGGCAGAUCCGUCGCAAAAGAUAGCACACACCCAGGCCCGCCGCGGCCAUGCAAGCCGAGCCAGAUGGCUCCGCCGCAGCCCCAUGCCGCCCUCACGGUCGGGGGAACGACCAGCCGCCACGCACGCCGUGAGGCACCGCAGGCAGCGGCCCGACCCGCCGGAUUGGGAGGCAAAGCGCAUCGCGCGGGCCAAAGAUGGCCGGAGCACGGGACGCCCACCCCCCGCCCCAAGCACCGCCGCCCUCGCACCGCCACAGAGCACGAACGGCGCGCGCGGAGGAGCGGCACGCCGCCGCUGCCACACGAGUCCCCGCUCGUAGUCGAGCCGCUCCAGCGCGCCAGAGCCCCGCCGCCGCCGGAUCCGCGCGGGGGCUUUGCCCGGCGGAGGCUAACGGGCGGCGGCGAGGAGGGGGCAGGCAGGGGGCGGCCGCUGUGGUGGCGAGAUGCGCCGCCGUCCGAGUCGCCCUGGGGAGGACAACGCGGGGGCCUUCUCCCAGGGAAGACUUUUUUUCUAGAUCUUUCUGUAAUUAGCACAUUCUUGGUACAUUCGUAUUGGGGAAUACAGGGGACAAUCGUCUGUCGUCUCCAUCACUAUCUUCACCUUGGGAAUGGCUAGCUAUACUGACACUUUCCGCUGCACAAAGUGUCUGAUUCGAUGGCAAUCUCUCCCCAGGGUGCCCUGUCCGUCUUCUCUAAGCUCUGGGUCUGGGUGGCAUCUGGCCUUGUGUUCCCACAUUCCGAGCCAACCAGUUCGAUGAUAGCGGAGAAUAAGGAGCUCUACUACAACUGGUACUACUUUGCCGUCAAUGGCGGCGGCUUCUUCUCUAGCACGAUCAUGGUGUGGCUCCAGGACAACUGUGGCUGGGUGUUCGGCUUCGGGGUACUGGCCAUCGGAAUUCUCAGGUUUCUUGCUACUGCCAACGUUUACAGAUACUAGAAGCCUGAAGGAAGCACGAUGACAACGGCUUGUCAGGUUGCAGUUGCAGCAACUCGAAGCGCUUCAUGUGGAUGUGCCGGCUGACAGCUCCAUUCUGUAUGAGAUUCCAGGAAUUAAAUAGCUAUGCAUACGAUAGUUUGCAGCUGGACUAACAUGUGAUCGGCUCUUCUGGUUGAUGGCCGGGCCGGACUACAGUUCCCUUUCCAUUCGUCUGGUACAAGCGCAAACUGCCUAACCGAUGAGUGUGAUCCUGAUCUAUAUUUUGAUGAGGGAAUGCGUCCAAUUCAGGCAGGCUGAGUACACGGCAGAUCAUAGCAUGUUCGAUAAAUAAAGUGCAACUCUUUUAGUUUA